UGAAAAGCGAAAAAGUUUGGAAGGAGGAGGGCUGUGUCAGCUGUAAAAUAAACUGACGUGGUAAAACAAUUUGUGAUAUUCGGCGUUUUUGACUGCCAAUAGUUAUUCUCAGUUAAGGAGGUUUAUUAUUUUUGAAAGAAAAGCCAACUGAAGAGAGUAUUUAGGAUUUUAUUUCAAUGGCGACAACAAAUAGAAUGCUCCCCAUAUGGGGGCUUAUAAUUUCAUUGAUACUUGCGUAUAUUAGCAAUGUUAAAGGAGCAGCGGUUAUGUCUGUAGAUUUAGGUAAUGAAUGGAUGAAAGUUGGUGUUGUUUCGCCAGGUGUACCAAUGGAAAUAGCUUUAAAUAAGGAAUCAAAACGUAAGACUCCGGCUGUGCUGGCAUUUCGAGAUGGUAUACGUACAUUUGGUGAAGAUGCUCAAACAAUUGGUGUGAAAUUUCCUGCCAAAGCUUAUAGUUAUUUAUUUGAUUUAUUGGGUAAAACUAUAGACAAUCCAAUUGUUGAUCUUUAUAGAAAACGUUUCCCUUACUAUGAAAUUAUCGGUGACAAAGAACGCAAUACUGUUGUAUUUAAAGAUGGUGAUCAAGAGUAUAAAGUGGAAGAAUUAGUUGCACAACUCUUAGCCAAAGCUAAAGAAUUCGCUGAAGAUUCAACAAGACAACAAAUAACUGAAUGUGUUCUUACUGUACCCGGUUAUUUUGGGCAAGCUGAAAGAACUGCUUUACUUGUAGCAGCAAAUUUAGUAAACUUAAAAGUCCUUCAAUUUAUUAAUGACUAUUCAGCAGUAGCCCUCAAUUUUGGUGUAUUUAACAAGGGUUCCAUUAAUGAAACUGCUCAAUAUUACAUUUUUUAUGAUAUGGGUGCACAAAAAACUUCUGCGGCUGUCAUUAGUUUCCAAAUGAUUAGAGAUAAGGUAACAAAAGAAAAAACUCCGAUUAUUCAAGUAUUAGGUGUUGGUUACGACAGAACUUUAGGAGGCUUAGAAAUUCAGCUAAGACUUCGUGAUUAUUUAGCUGAUGAGUUUAAUGCAAUGGAAAAAACUAAAACUGAUGUAAAGACAAAUCCGAGAGCCUUAGCUAAACUGUUUAAAGAAGCGGGUCGUUUAAAGAAUGUUUUGAGUGCAAAUACUGACCAUUUUGCUCAAAUUGAAAAUUUAAUUGAAGAUCAUGAUUUCAAAUUGCAAGUUACCAGAGAAAAACUAGAACAAUUAUGUGAAAACUUAUGGCCAAGAAUUGUAAAACCAUUAAAUCAAGCAUUAGCAAUGUCUGGUCUUACAAUGAAUGUUAUUAGUCAGGUUAUUCUUUUUGGCGGUGGAACACGAGUGCCAAAAAUUCAGGAAAUUUUGAAACAAGAAAUUAAACAGGAACUUGGUAAAAAUUUAAACGCUGAUGAAGCGGCUACUAUGGGAGCUGCAUAUAAGGCUGCCGAUUUAGCUACAGGAUUCAAAGUUAAAAGAUUCGUUUUGAGAGACGCAGUUAUAUUUCCGAUCCAUGUAUCCUUUGAAAGGGAUCCAGGAAAUGGAUCAGUACCGAGACAGGUGAAAAGAACCUUAUUUACAGCAAUGAAUGUUUAUCCACAGAAAAAAGUGAUCACUUUUAACAAACAUAAUGCUGAUUUCGAUAUAUAUGUUCACUAUGCUGAGUUGUCGCAUUUAAGUCCUCAGGAAAUUUCAUAUAUUGGAAAUUUAAAUUUAUCGCAUAUUGAAUUUACAAAUGUUGCCGAAAUUUUAAAUAAAAAUCAAGGCGAAAAAUCUGAAUCAAAAGGAAUUAAAGCUCACUUUGCUAUGGAUGAAUCAGGUUUAAUAGACUUAACUAGUGUUGAAUUUUUAUUUGAAAAGCAACAAAUUGAAGAACAAGAAGAAAGCACUUUUUCAAAAAUAGGAAAUACAUUUAGCAAGCUAUUCAACGUGGAAUCAAGUGACAAAAAAGAAGACGAAAAAAAAGAAGAUGCAGAUAAAAAAGAAACAGUUGAAAAUGAAACUAGUAAUGAAAAAGAUGAAUCGACAACAGACUCAAAAGCGGGAGAAAACUUAGGUUCCAAGGAUAAUACUACAGAGAAAGUGAAAUUAAACGCAACGGAUACAACAGCAUCAAAAACUGAAACAGUUAAGACUGUAACAGAGAAGAUUCCGGUUCCUCACACAUAUAAUAUUCAAUUCGUUACCCCACUAGCUGACGAUGGAUUUGAAGAGAUUUAUCAAAAAUUGAAAAAUAUUAAUAAAAUGGAAUCUGAACGAGAACAACGUGAGUCUCUUUUUAAUGCUUUAGAAUCACAUGUAAUCGAAACACAGGACAAAUUCACGCAACAGGAGUAUUUAAAAUGCGCAAAAGAAGAAGAAACUAAAAAGAUUCUCGAAUCUUGUGGCCAAAUUUCUGAGUGGCUUUAUGAUGGUGGAGAAGAGGCUACAGCUGAUGAAUUAAAUCAACGCUUGACUGAUUUAAAGAAAUUGACAAAUGAGGUUUAUGCACGUCAUUGGGAGCACGAUGAACGUCCCGAAGCUUUAAAAGCUUUAAGUGGUAUGAUUGAACAUGCAAAGAAAUUUCUUGCUACAGCCCAAAAUUUAACAUUAGAAAAAAAUCCUGAAAAGGAUGUUUUUACUUCUGUUGAAUUGGAAACAUUGGAUCGUAUAAUCAAUGAAACAAUUCAAUGGCAAAAAACUGAAACAAAAGAGCAGAAUAAAUUGAAAUCCAAUGAACCAGUAAGAUUAACUGUCAAAGAUAUUACAGAUAAAAUGGCUUUAUUGGAUCGUGAAGUUAAAUAUUUGGUUAACAAGUUGAAAAUAUGGCGUCCAAAAAAACCUACAACCCCAGAAAAAGAAAAUGGAAAAAGUGAUAAUAUUAACAAAACUGUUGAAGAUAAUGUUGAAAAGCCAAUAAAAGAAGAUAUAGAUGAACCAGUGCCUAAAUAUAAUGAGACCGAAGAAAAUGAAGAUAUCAACCGAGAAAUGAAAACAAAACAAGAAAAAUCUGAUUCGGAUGAUGAAAAUCAUUCAGAAUUGUAAAAAAGGAAAUUGAUCAUAAUAUUUAAAUAGAUUUGAAUUUAUUUAUAAAAACAAAAUAUCUUAAAAAAUGAAUGGGAGAAAAUUUUGUAUAAUUUUUAAGUUUAGGCACAAUUUUCAAAUGCUUUGUAGAAUUUUCUUUUAAAAUAAUUAUAACAAAAAAAAUUUUUUUUUUCAAAAAAGGAUAUUUUUUUGUGACAAAAAACCAAAACGUGUAUUAAUGGAACUCCUUGUCUUUUAAAAAGAUGAUUUGCUCUUAUAUUAUAUUUAAAUUUCAGUUAAUUUUGUAAAAAGAUUAUUAUUUAUAAAAGAAUUUUGUAAAUACAUUUGUAAUUCAUCGUAAAUGAAAUUUCAAAUAAUAAAUUUUCGUCUAGUGCAAUUUUUUAUAAUUCGAAUACAAUAUUUUUUUUUUCCUAUUUGAAGCUUGUGGCUAUUUCGUACAUAACUAUUAGUCGUUUAUUAGUUUUCUUGUAAAAUUUUAGGUUUACUACUAGAAAAAUACAGGAAAUAUUGAGCGCAUACUCAAUUUAUAGUAAUUAUACAGUUUUGAAAAAUUAUGGAAUUUACAAUAAAAAAUAAUAAAGUAGAAUUACUAUAAGAUAUAAGACAUUUCGUUAUUGUAUUUAUAUUUUACGCUAAAAAUUAAAUAUUAGUUCUAUCAGGAGUUUAUAAUUUUUUUUAAUUAUCUAUUUUUUUUCUAAUUGUUAGAGAUGUUUGGUAUAAUUUAAUUCUUUCGUUUUUUUUUAAAUAAUAUUUGAAGUAAUUGAAAAUACAGUUUUAACUAUUUUUUGUGAAUAAUAAACGACAACUUUUUAAAAUUCGAAAAAUUGUGGUUGUCACUAUAAGAUUCAUGCUAAAUUUUUGAACUUUAAUUAAUUUUUAAGAACUAGAAAUAUUUCAAGUUACAUUUUAUAUACUGUAAUUGAAAUAUGUGUAUUAACUCGAUUAAUUUUAGUGUCAUAUUUAUAAGGCUUUCAAUUAAAUAUUACCAAACUUAGAAAGGCUUUAGAAAAUUUGUUAAUUAACUGGACUUAUGAUCUAUUAAAAUUAUUUAUAUGCAAAGGUGCUAGAUGGUUUGGAUAACUUAAAGGAAGUCAAAAAUUUUUUUUGUCUUCACAAAAAAUUAGAUAGUUUAUAAAUAUGCAAAGAAUUUCUAUACAAAAACGAAAUCUUAAGUUAAAUAAUAUUUGAAUAUUAAAGUUUCUUCAUGACUAUUAAAUGAAAAGAUGAAAAUAAUUUACUCGGAAUAUGACUUAAAAUGUAAAUUAGAGUUCAGAAUUUAUGUAUCAUCCACUUUUAAAAAUAUUGAAAUUUCAGAAACAAAUAUGUUUAUGCAUUGUUAAGUAAGGCUAAAUUGACAAAACUACAAUUUUUGGAUAUUCCAUUAUAUGAAAUAAGAGCAGAAUUCAAUAAAUUUUGAAUCGUAGUUCAACUUCCGUAUCAUAACGUCGACUAGAAUAUAAAAUUUAUUUGAAUUUUCAAUUUUAAUAUACACUAAAACUAUUAUUUAAUUUAAUUUAAUGUAAAAAUUAGAAAGAUUUGGUCUAGUUUUAUAUCCUCUUGCUUUCUAUCAAAAGAAAUUUAAUUUUAAAUUAGGAUUAAAAUAAUUUACGUUCUAAAUUAAUUUUAAAUAUUUUUUUUUAAAUUAGCCUACUUCAUUCCAUAGAUGCAAUUAUUUUAAUAUUACAUUUAAGAUAGAAGAAAUAAUUAUAAACUUUUAUAAAUAAUUUGUAUAUUUUCUUCUAUUUUAAAUCAGUUAAAGAUCUUUUUCUUUAAAAUUAUAUUUCGUGGUCAUAUAAAUACAUGAAUGCAUUUUGAUCAAAGUUAUCAAAAGUACUGAAACAAUAAUAAAAAAAUAAAAUAAAAAUAAAAUAUGUAAAAAACUUAAA